UCCACUGACUGCUUCCUGUAUCUGAAAAUAUCUUUCCACCUGGGAAACCUAAACUGAAGUUUCCAAAAAGGAUAGAUUAAACCCUGUCCUCAGAAAACCCUGACUUUAGUGGAUCAAAAGUUAGAUUAUCUGGAAGAUGAUGUAAAGGGUUGACUUGUUGCACAAAGGGAUCAGAGAACAAAAUUCAGAAACCUCCUUCUUAACCUGCUGGCACCUGUCCACCACUUCCCAAGUCACCAUUGAACUAGUGCCACCUCAAGUGGUUGAAGGAGAAGAUGUCCUAUUCCUUGUUCACAAACUGCCAGAAAACCUUAUUGGCUUCUGCUGGUACAAAGGGUCACCAAUUAUAAAACAUGGCAUUGCACUGUAUGAAGCAAACACUAAAGUAGGUGUGGCAGGGCCCAUGUACAGUGCUAGAGAGACAUUGUACAGAAACGGGUCCAUGUUGAUCCACAAUGUCACCCAAAAGGACACAGGAUUCUACAGACUACGAAUCUUUAAUAGACAUCGAGAUACUAUGUUAACAUCCACAUUCCUCCACGUGAAUCUCUUCCUUUGGAACUGCGGGCACCUUGUUGCCUCUGGCCGACCCAGUAUUGAAACACUGCCACCGAUUGUUCAAGAUGGGAAGGAUGUUGUUCUACAGGUUCGCAAUCUCCCAGAGAAUCUUCUAGGCUUUGCAUGGUUCAAAGGGAUGACCCAGGCCACAACACAUCUAAUUGGUCGAUACAUAAUAGAAGAAAAUCCAAGUUUUUCAUUUGGACCUGCAAGCAGUGGUAGAGAGAAAUUGUAUACUGAUGGAUCCCUGCUGAUUGAAAAUGUCACUCAGAAGGAUGCUGGAUUGUACACCCUAGGAAUUCUGGGUACAGAUAUGAAGAGUCAAGAAGCACAUGGAGAAAUCCAGGUGGAGAGUCUUGUGUUUCAGUGCUGUAACUCUCUGACUCCUGCCAAAAUCCUGGUUGAACCUGUGCCUCGGCAUGCUGCUGAAGGGGAAAGUGUUCUUCUCCUUGUUCAUUAUCUGCCAAAAGAGCUGAUAUCCUUUACCUGGUACAACUCAAUGUAUACGGUCCCAACAUUUAAAAUUGUAAACCACCAUGUAAUUGGAAAUAUCACCACCUGGGGGGAUGCAUACAGAGGAAGAGGAAUGCUGUAUGUCAGUGGAUCCCUACUGCUCCAGGACAUCACUAAGGACGAUGCAAGAAUGUAUACACUAGAAACUUUAAAUAUAAAUAACAAGGUUGAAAAAGCACAUGUGCAGUUUUAUGUAAAUGAGCCUGUGACACAACCCUUCAUUCGAGUCGCCAAUAUCACAGUCAAAGGGAGCAGAUCUGUGACCUUCUCCUGUGUUUCACCUCACACUGGAAUCUCCAUCCAUUGGUUCUUCAAUAAUCACAAUCUGAAGUUCACAGAUAGGACAAAGUUGUCUCCAUCAAAGUGUGGACUCAGAAUAGAUGACGUUAGAAGAGAGGAUGCUGGAGAGUACAAGUGUGAGGUCAUCGACAGAGCUGGUAAAGGAGUGGUCAGCCAGCCAGUCAGGUGGCCAUGAUGAAUGAGAGCCCCUUCCUCACUUCCUACAAUAGGGUGGAAUAAAACAAGGAAGAGAAUUAUGCGAUGAAAAUGCUCAGUUACUACUCAGGGGCAGCCAGCAUGGUGAGGCAUUCCUGUGAUCCUGGGAUACACAUGUGUUUAAGAACAAGGUAGGAUUUAAAGCAAGACUCUGUCUCCAACGUGAAAACAAAGACAUCAAUAGAAUAAACAGAAGCACAAAGGCAUCAACAGCUUAGGUUGUAUAUCAAAUACAUAUCUAACCCUAAGAAUCAAUGAGAAUUAAUUUCAGGAGCCCCCCAAACUUCAGGAUGCAUUGAGUAUGCUUUCAAAACCAUACAGUGUUUGUUUAAAGAUAAAUGCAUCCUUUGCAUGCCACCUAAUCCUGCUGGGACUAGACGCCCCAGGGUGGAGUGGUACCAAAUGGGGGGGUUCCCUUCUCUGAGGAGAAGGGGAGGAGCAAUGGAGGGAGGGGUUUGUAAAGGUAGCACUGGGAGGAGAGAAAGGAGAAGUGAUGUAAUCAGGAUGGUAAGUGAAUUUUUGAAAAGAAAAAAAGACUCCUACUGAUCUCAAACAGGCUCUUUUUUUUUAAAUAAAGGCCAAUUGUCACUUU